CAGAGAACCAAGAACCACCGGAUCUGUUGCAACUCUGCUAUGGCCAAGAGAAAGUCGGCAAAAGAGAGAGAACCGACCUGGGCCUAUUCUGGGCUUAACGCCAAGCCGAGCAAGCUAAACCGUAUUGCUAAAGGCGCACCUGCUAACGCAGAACUCCAGGAAAGAUUUAAGUCUUCCGUGCAGGCUUUUGAAGAGAAGCGCAAGCCACGCUGGGUGGUUCUCCAGCCUGCUGAACCAGCGGGUCAGGCAGAGGUAAUAAUGGAGAACACUGAGGCUGGAGAGGACCCUGCUAAACAACCAAGGGAUAUGGCAAGCAUGAAGAACACUCAGCUUGGAGAGAAUCCUCAGCAUGGUGAAUUGGAUCUUCAGGCUGAUGAACCAGCAACUGGCCCUGGCUCCAGUUCCCCUGUCCCAUCUGACUGGACUCUUGAACACCUCCUGGAGAAUCUUAAGUCAUCAGCAGACGAUGACGAGGGAGACCAAGGCUGGGGUCUGACACAUGACCAGAUGUAUCGGGAUGUGACUGGACAAGAUAGAGUGGCCAUCAUGCACUCGGGCCCUUUCAGUUUCGUUGUCCCAUCUACAUGGGCCUUUGACCAUGUGAGUGGGUGUGAGGAGCAGGACAGUCGUCCAUACGCCAUGGUCUUCUACUGACAGCCAAGCAGACGGCUACAUCUACAGUACUACCACUCAACUGCUCAGCUGCCUUUUGACUA